UGAAAAGCGAAAAAGGCAUAGCAAGGCAAGUGUGAAUUCCCGACUUCCAACUUCCAAGCCCCACAACACAUGGUAGUCAUGCACAACAGAUGAUUUCAUGACACUUCCUCCCAGCACCGCCCUUCACAGUCAAUCAUCAAAUAAACCAAAAACACUUUCCUCUGUCCUAUCGAAGCCCAAAGCAUGGAGUCAUCCAUUUUGUCCCUUUUGAUUCUCUUUGCAAUCCCUGCCCCCAAAACUCCUCAAUCGAAGCCGCCAAGGCAUUACAACCUACCAGCUAGAACUACAAGAGACCAAAUGAUGAUCAGAGUUACCAACCAUAACGUAAUGCAGCAGCGGCCACCACUGCCAAAUCCUGAGCCCAUUCUGCUUGAACUAGCCCAAUUUCGCAGCACAACAUUCUCUACAAGCCCAGGGAAGAAGCUCUUCAGGUGCGAGACCAGACCCUGGUUCGAGAAUGUCGUCUUGCCCUCGAGCUUCUUAAUGGUUUCCAAUUUCUGCUAAGAGAGAAGCCAACAUGAAGGGGUCUAUGGUUUUCUGUAACUGGUAGGGUGAACUGCUUUGACAUUUUUUACUACGUACUCACUAUUUUCAGUAGUUUGUAUGGAAACGUGCUUAGGCCUGCUGUUAAUUGGCAGGUGUCAUGACUUGCCGUUAAACCAUUUGGAUUUCCCAGCAACAUAGCAUUCCUUUU